AAAUAUGAUUAUGAAGAACAAUUUGGUAGAUAGCUGCUUACCAAUCAGGCUUCCAUGGAAUCCCAAGCCACGCGUCUCGUAUUUGGAUCCCACCAUCUCACCCAAGAUUCUCCCUCCCAACUAAGGCACCCUACCUCCGUCUUCCUCUGCAUACAUUCAUCAAUUUACCCUUUUUUUGGGUUUUCUUCAGUAUAAAUAUCGCAUCGCAUUUUUCUCCUCUCUACUAGUCUUCGUUCUUCACCAGUUUCCAGCUCUCUCUUUCUUUCUCUACACACAUAUAUAUAUAUGCAUAAUAAUAAUAAUAUACACAGCGAAAUGUCUCCAAGCAACUCCCGUGGCAAUGGAAUCGUGUCACCAGCAGAGAAUGGCUGUCUUGAUUCUACCUCAGUGUUGAGCUCGGAAAAAUCUGUAGAGGAACUUAUUCAGCAACCUCCUCUCCAAGGAAUUGAAGAUAAUCUUGUUGAGUUUUCUGAGGCUUUGAGAACUGUUGCGAAGGCACUGCGAAGGGUGACAGAAGGCAAGGCUUCUGCUCAAGCCGAAGCUGCUGAAUGGAAACGUAAAUUCGAACUGGCGACAGCACAUAAUCUGCAGUUGGAGAAGAAAGUACUGUCAUUGGGAGGCCAAUCCAGUGAGUCAAAUGUUGAGAGAACCAGAAACUUGGAUGAUCAUGUUGCAACCUCAAACCAAAAUAAUGAUCAGUGUGAGUUAUGCAGCGGGAAAAAUGAUAUUUGUGCUCAUGAGGUUCUUCGAGAUGGUGAAUCUGGUUCCGGCUGCACUCCUGCUUCACAUAAGAUGAUGAGAAAGGCAUCGUUUAAGCUAUCAUGGUACUGCAAGGGUGAAAAAUCUGAUCGCCACAAACAUGAUGUUGUGUCUUUUGAGAAGGGUAAUAUAACAACUGCAGAGCGCAGCAGUAAACAGAUUUCCUUGAAGUGGGAAUCACCUCCACAGACUGUGCUUAUGUUAACAAAACCAAAUUCUACAUCUGUCAAAAUCCUAUGUUCUGAAAUUGUCAGAUGGUUGAAAGAGCAGAAAAAUUUGACAAUAUUUGUGGAACCACGAGUGAAGUCCGAGCUUCUGACAGAAUCGCCAUACUACAGCUUUGUACAAACCUGGUUAGAUGAUAAAGAUGUUCAGACACUGCAUACAAAAAUUGAUCUCAUUGUAACGCUUGGUGGAGAUGGAACCGUCCUAUGGGCUGCUUCUAUGUUUAAAGGUCCCGUUCCUCCCAUUGUGCCAUUUUCUUUAGGCUCUCUGGGUUUCAUGACCCCUUUCCAUAGUGAACAUUAUCGCGAAUAUCUUUCCUCAAUCAUUCGCGGUCCUUUUAGUAUCACAUUAAGGCAUCGAUUGCAGUGUCAUAUCAUCAGAGAUGAGGCCAAAAGUGAUGACGAGAAUGAAGGGCCUAUGCUAGUCCUGAAUGAAGUAACAAUUGAUCGUGGAAUUUCUUCAUUCCUGACAAAUUUAGAAUGUUACUGUGACAACUCUUUUGUGACCUGUGUACAAGGAGAUGGUCUGAUUUUGUCCACGACAUCUGGGAGUACAGCAUAUUCCCUUGCUGCCGGAGGAUCCAUGGUCCAUCCACAGGUUCCUGGAAUAUUGUUUACACCUAUCUGCCCUCAUUCUCUCUCAUUUCGGCCUCUGAUAUUGCCUGAAUACGUAAUGCUGAGAGUGGUGGUGCCCUUCAACAGCAGAAGCCAAGCAUGGGUGUCAUUUGAUGGCAAGGACAGGAAACAAUUAGCCCCCGGAGACGCACUCGUGUGCAGCAUGGCCCCUUGGCCUGUUCCCACUGCGUGUCAAGUUGAUUCAACCAGUGAUUUUUUGCGCAGCAUCCACGACGGUCUUCAUUGGAAUUUGAGGAAGACUCAGGCCUUUGAUGGCCCUCGGGAUCCUUAACUGUGCGGUAUUGAGGAAGAGAUAUCCACACUCUUAUUUACUAGUUACUACAUUUGUAAAAUUGAAAUGCACCUAUUUUUAUUACCUACAUCCCGUGACAAUAAGGAAGAAUUGGCUGAGUGAAUCGACAACACUAUUUCAUACUCAGCCUAGAUUAUGUAGUCCAUUUCAGCAAUAUCGGUUCCCGCAUAGCGAGGGCAAGAAUUCUCAACCACUCUCAGUCCCUAUCUUUCUCCGGUUUUUUUCUUCUUUUCGCAGAAUAUAGGAUUUAGGUUCCUGUUUUGGUAAAAACUUCGUAGGUGAAAACGGGUUUUAAAGCUGAGUUUACAUAUAGCAGCUUUAGUUUCGCA